GCCUUUCUCUCCGUAAACUUGCACGUUGCAAGAAUGGCCGCCCAACAAACACCACAGAAUUUCAUGCGAGGGGUCGUCAAACAGGUGCUCUCCGGUGAUGCAGUCAUCAUCAGAGGCCAGCCUAAGGGAGGCCCCCCUCCAGAAAGACAGAUUUGUCUCUCUAACAUCACCGCCCCCAAGAUGGCAAGAAAAGCCAAUCCCAACAUUGAGAACUCGGUCCAGACCCAGGACGAGCCUUAUGCAUGGGAGGCUCGUGAGUACUUGAGGAAGAAACUUAUUGGAAAAGACGUGAAGUUCACCGUUGAGUAUACUGCACCAGGGAGUGGCCGAGCAUACGGUUGCGUCUACUUACCAUCAGCCAAGGACCCAAAUGUCAUGGAGAAUGUAACGGAAUCCAUAGUAGCAGAAGGACUUGUUGAAGUGAGGAGAGGCGGAAUCAAACCAUCAGAUGAUCAGAACCAACUCAACGUGUUGGAAGACACGGCCAAAGCUUCCAAGAAGGGCAAGUGGGCAGGCGGACCUAGCAGCAAUGGCAUAAGGGACAUUAAAUGGUCAGUAGAUAACCCAAGGAACUUUGUGGAUGGACUCCAUGGCAAGGAACAAAACGCUGUUAUUGAGCAUGUACGAGAUGGAUGCACAGUGCGUGCUUUCCUUGUUCCAUCCUUCCAUCAUGUGACUGUCAUGCUCUCAGGAAUCAAGUGUCCCAUGUUCCGGAGGGAUGGUGACGCCGAGACGGAAGAACCGUUUGCCGGUGAAGCCAAGUAUUUCACAGAGUCUCGACUGCUACAGAGGGAUGUCAAGAUCAUCCUUGAGGGCGUGUCUAAUCAGAACUACCUCGGCUCUGUCAUGCACCCUAAAGGAAACAUUGCGGAGUUCCUGUUGGGUGAAGGGCUGGCUCGAUGUGUGGACUGGAGUAUAGCCACGGUCACAAGCGGAGCAGAUAAACUAAGAGCUGCUGAAAAAAAAGCCAAGGAAAAGAAACUACGCAUCUGGAAGGACUACAAAUCCAAUGCCGUCGUAUUGGACAUUGCUGAGAAGACCUACACAGGAAAGGUGGUUGAGGUCAUCAACGCCGAUGCCCUUGUGCUGAAGACAGCCGUUGGUGACUAUCGUAAGGUGACGUUAUCCAGCAUCCGACCACCAAGACUCUCACAGGCUCCCAAGGAGGGCAAAGAAGAUGGCAAGGAAGUGGAGCAACCAAGGCAGCAAAAUGAGAGACGUGUGCGUCCACUUUACGAUGUGCCGUACAUGUUCGAGGCCCGUGAGUUCUUACGUAAGAAGUUGAUCGGAAAGAAGGUCAACGUCUCCGUGGACUACAUCAAACCAGCUAGCGACGGCUACCCCGAGAAAACAUGCGUUACUGUCACCAUUGGUGGAAUUAACCUCGCUGAAGCGCUUGUGAGCAAGGGGCUCGUCACUGUGAUCCGUUACCGUCAAGAUGAUGAUCAGAGAUCUGCCCACUACGAUGCCCUACUCACUGCCGAGACAAGAGCUAUCAAGAAUGGCAAAGGAGUACACAGCAAAAAGGAAUAUCCCAUUCAUCGGAUUGCUGAUACAUCCGGGGAACCCCAGAAGGCCAAGCAGUUUCUUCCAUUCCUCCAGCGUGCUGGUCGCAGCAGUGCCAUCGUGGAGUUUGUCGCCAGUGGAUCUCGAGUCCGUCUCUUCUUACCCAAAGAAACCUGUCUUAUCACAUUCCUCCUAGCUGGAAUUACAUGCCCCAAGAUGGCACGCACUGGACCCGGCGGCCCAACAGAAUCUGAACCAUACUCUGAAGAAGCUCUGCAGUAUACCAAGGAACUCUGUCUACAACGGGAGGUCGAAGUGGAAGUCGAAUCCAUCGACAAAGCCGGCAACUUCAUCGGUUGGCUGUUUGUGGAGGGCGUCAACCUCUCUGUGUCCCUGGUAGAGCAAGGCUUGUCCAAGAUGCACUUCACUGCAGAGCGAAGCAACUACGCCAGAGUUAUUCAAUCGGCUGAAGAGAAGACUAAGGAAGCCAAACUCAAGAUUUGGGAGAGGUUUGAAGAGCCAAAGACCACAGUGGUUGUAGAAGAGACAACAGAGAGAAAGACCAACUACAAACACAUUGUGGUGACUGAGAUUGGGAAGGAGUUGGACUUCUUUGCUCAGCUGAUUGAUUCAGGACCUCAGUUUGAGAAGUUUAUGGAGCAGCUGAGAGCAGAGCUAGCUGCCGCCCCUCCACUGCCCGGUUCCUUCACCCCAAAGACCGGUGAUCUGUGUGUGGCUAAGUUUGUAGACGGAGAGUGGUACAGGGCCAAGGUCGAGAAGGUUCACAACAAAGACAAGAUCACCGUGUUCUUCGUAGAUUAUGGAAACCGUGAGGUAGUCUCGCUAGCCCAGCUUGGUGCCAUGCCACCAGGUUACCAUACACAGCAGCCACAGGCUCAUCACUUCUACUUGGCGUGUACCAUGCUGCCCAAAGAUGAGGAAUUCAGGCAGGACGCCCUCGAUUCCUUCAGCCACGAGGUCCUGAACAAACAAUUCCUGUACAACAUGGAGUACCGCGUUGGAACGACCGAGUACGUCUCCCUCAUCAACCCAGACUCCAAGGAAGACAUGGGUAAGGCGCUGGUGAGCGACGGCUUCCUGCUGGCCGAACAGCGUCGUGAGAAACGUCUACAGAAGAUGGUGAAUGAGUACUCCGCUGCACAGCAGAGUGCCCUCAAAGCUCAUCUUAAUCUGUGGCGUUACGGAGAUAUCACCGACGAUGAUGCCAGGGAGUUUGGAUUCCAAUCUUAAACUCUCUGGAUUAAUCUCCACUAGACCGGAUUAAUGGUAAACUGGUAACCGUGCAACAACAACUCACUUUGAAAUCUAAAGAAUAGUGUCUGGCUUUCAUCCAAGUAGAACUUUUAAGGUAUAUUUAACAGAAAUAUGAAAAUAUUCUAUUUUGAUUCCAAAUCUUUACCUUCAAAAUGGUUGUGGUCAGUUAAAUUUGCCCAAUCAACAUGUCAAUUCACUUUCAGAGACUUCUAUUUUGAGUUUCUUUCAAUAUCUGUGGCCAAACUUAGGUUGUGGGAUGUUUGAGUCGAAAUGAUUUAAUUACAGCUUUUCACUAAAUGUAUGAUUUUAGUAUUAAAUAUUCUGAAUCGUGAAUUCUUGUUAAUGAAUAAAUUGUUUCUUGGAAUAAGAGUAGAUGUAGAUUUUAAGUGCGUGUAGAUUUAAACCUAACAUAAUAAUCAAGAUGUGCUUCUUGUUUUGGGUAUACGUAAUUCAUGGUGACACUGUAUCUUCCAUAAAAAGUAUUAAAUGCAUCGACCAAAUCUUGUUUUUGAAUAUUUAAUUAAAUUGAGCUGGGGCAUUAAUAUGCGACCACCAACUACAACUCCUUGCAUAUCUUAUGAAUAUUAGCAGUAACUAUAUUAUAAUUCUUCUAAUAGAAUAUUCAUUUAUUCAUGUUCUUAAUGUGCAUAUUCAUGAGGCUGACUUGUCUGGGGACAAGGAAGGUGUGGCUGUGUAGAAUCUGUGUACAUUUAGAUUGGUUUUAGAACUAUAACAGGAAAAUGGUCUCGUGUGAAAAGGAUUAACGGAGCAAUUUAGUUUAAAAAACAUCUUUGAGUGUCGUAGAAAAUAAUUCUUGUUAUUACCUUGUCUGUCUUAUUUGUUCUAAAUAUUUGGGAGGGGGGAAUGAUUGUGUUCUAAGAAGAAGUCGUGCGUCUAUGUGAUGGCGACGGAGGUGGUAGGGAAUUUUUAAUUAUUUAUCUUUGUUAAAGUGAUGAACUGUCUUCCAGAAUGGGUGAUUUAACUAUUUUGCUUGUACAGUAUUCUCCUCCAAUGAAGUCCAGCCCAAGGCUUGGGGUAUGAGUAACAUUGAGAUGAAAUUGCAUUUUGAUUUUCACGUUUAAAAAUGUGUACAAAUGAAAUUUAAUUGUAGAGAAAUUCUCAAAUUUCCUGAAAUGUAUUGAUUGAAUUGAAGUCUUGAUGUGUUGAUUACAAAUUAAUAAGAUUAUAAAAAGUUUAUUUUGAAAAAGAGCCAGAACUACUGUUGUUGCCACGGUUACCGAUACCAGUCUUCCGAGAAAUAGCUUGCUCAAGUUGAAUAUAGACCACGGAUUAACCAAUUGCUUGUUUGAAUCUAAGUCAUGUGACUAUGCCAUAACCAAUUAAAGCCAAGGCAUAUUUUGAAUGUCUCAAGGCAUAUUUAAGA